UCAGUUAUAUCAGUCCAUAGUGACACGGUCAACUCCUCACAACAGCUGAUGCCUAUAUAAGGUCCACUGAAUUCAUCAACACCAGUCAUCUCCACUCAUUCGACGAUGAAGUGCCUCGUAUUUCUGUGUCUCCUUUGUGCUUCAACAACUUCCGGGAAUGGAAGUCCUAAAGUCAUCAUCGUGGGGUCUGGACCCGCAGGUAUAGCUGCAGCCUCUAGGUUAAUCCAGAAUGGAAUUGAUGACGUGAGAAUUUUGGAGGCUGAGAACAGAUUUGGAGGGCGAAUUAAGACAGUGCGAAUAGGAGAAUAUUCAACGGACAUGGGGGCCCAAUGGGUCCACGGAGAGGUGGGCAAUGUGGGGUAUGAACUCGCUGCACCUUUCGACCUUGUGACCAAAGUUGUGAAACCAGGAGACACGCAAGAGCCUGUCUAUGAUGUACUGUUUGUAGAUUCCUCUGGGACGACUCUACCACCAGAAGGUAUCAAAGACUUCGUCGGAGCUGUUGGCGAAUUCGAAAAAAAUAUCAGUGGAGUUGAUGAUUUGAGGACUGGAUCAUAUGGGGAAUACCUGAGGAAGAGGUUGAAUGAUUUCUUUGGAGAGCACCCAGAGAUUCAGGCGAAAUUCCAUAAACCCCUGACACAUUCAAUUGAACUCGUGAUGAUGGCGAUUGUUGGUGCUGAAAGUGCUGAUGAUGUGUCUGCACUAGGUGUGAAAAAUUCUCCGCCGUGUUUUGGGUGGAGGGACCUCAACUGGAAAGAGAAAACAUAUUCGACUAUUCUGGAUAUACUCAUGAAAAGAUAUCCGAAUGCUGACGAGGAACUGCCAGUGCUGAACAAAAUUGUUUUUAACAAAAGGGUAAUAAAAAUAAAUUCUACUGGAGAAGGACCGGUGAAAGUCAUUACAGCAGAUGGGACAGAAUAUACGGCUGAUCAUGUUAUUUUCACGGGCUCAUUGGGAGUUUUGAAAGCCGAUCAUGAAAAAAUUUUUGAGCCGCCGUUACCCGAGAAGAAUAAAAAUGCUAUAGAGAGGAUUGGAAUGGGUAAAAAUGGAAAAAUUUUGAUAUACCACGACAACCCCUGGUGGACACACGAAGCAAAAGUUCCGACGCAGGUCAUCCACAAUUUCCUCUGGACAGAAGAUGACCGGAAGCUCUUGGAAAAUGACCCUGAAAGAGCCUGGAUGCUGGGCCUGACGUACGGUUUCGAGGUCGAAUGGAGACCAAAGCUGUUCCAGAUUUGGUUGAGUGGAGCUCAUUUAGAGCAGAUGGAGAAAAACUCCGAGGAACUGUUCAAAAAUCAAACCCUCGAGAUACUCGAUCGAUUCUUUGGCAACAUGUACAAUCUGACGGAACCCACGGAGAUCCAGAGAUCAUCCUGGAACACUAAUGAGAACUUUCGAGGAAGUUACAGCUAUCAAACGAUGCAGUCAGUCAACAUGAAAUCAGGACCUGCAGAACUGGGAGAACCUGUGAUGCGUGGGGGAAUCCCAGUUGUUUUAUUCGCCGGAGAAGCUACGGAGCCGAGGUACUACUCAAUGGUUCAUGGGGCCAUAGGCUCCGGAUGGCGGGAGGCAGAUCGUCUCAUUAAUUUGUAUCGCGAGAAGAAAUCCAGUGAAUAAAACAUCUUCAAAGCUGUUCCUGUUCCUCUUCCUGUUCCUGUUCCUCUUCCUGUUCCUCUUCCUGUUCCUGUUCCUGUUCCUCUUCCUGUUCCUCUUCCUGUGAUAUCGCUGCACCUCAAACCCAAAUUUUUGACUCCACCAACUCAAAUUAAAAUUCUAAACAAUCAAUUGAUCUACUCCGGGAUCUAACAAAUCGGCUUCUAGCGUUUCGUAAACUGAAAUAGAAUUUGUCGAGUGAUGGUAAGGAUUUCGAAUUAAAGAACUAUAAAAAACUAUAAA